AUGGAUCCUAGUCGUCAUAUAGAUUUAAUUGAAUUUCCAGAUGUACUAAGAAAUAAAGGAUUUGACAUUGGAGCACCUUUGGGAGAGAAUCUUGCAUUCAUAUUAGAAUGUUUUGGUGAAUUAGAAGUAGACAAUAGGAUUGUGUAAAAAAUAAAGGAGGAAAAGGAUGCCAAAAAGAAGGAUGCCAAUCUUUAAGAAGGUUGGGUGAUGAUGCCACCUAAACCUUGUUGA